AUGGAUGUCACUUCGAUGCUGAAUUCGGCCUCAGCGGCAGCGAACAGAGAGGCUCGGGACUCCACUGACCCGACGCCAACACCGUCAGUCGUUGACGGCACGACUGUUUGUUCCUCGGUAGUGCAAACUCCAUCGCCUGGCAGCACUUCCUCGAGGAGAACGAGCGAGUCUCGGACACCCAAUCGUUCAAGAACACCAUGGGAUGCCGGAGGUUAUUCUCUUCCUCUGACUCUGGACACGAAGACUACAACACAAACGCCUGUGAAGCCAACAGUUUACAACGGGUCGCCAGUCGAUUCUGCCAGCCCAAAGUCACCCAAGCACAGGUUCUCCGACAGCUAUAGUAGUUUGUCAUCGUACAGCUCCUCUAUUAAUAGUUUCACUCACUCUAGAUUUUCGUCAAUGUCGACUGUCAGCGGCGGCUUUCAGGCGGUUGGACCGCUUGUCACCGACAUCCCGUCCCUUGAGUCGAGGUCAUGCGAUAACUUGGAUUCGGCCAUCAGCCGCUCAUCGGCUUCCGAAUUCUUCAGCAAAAAAUCCAAAAGAGAUGGGGGAGUUUCUCCAAGCGCCAUUGCGGAGGAGCCAACCCUCCUGGAUAUCAGGAGACCCGGGUCGCCCUCUGACGCGAUGUUGAUAUCGCGGGGCAGUCAGAGCUCGGGUCGGAUGAGCCCACAAGAAUUCUCCACACCUGAGCAGAAAACCUCCUCAGGCUUUCUGGCUCUUCCUGACCUGGCCAAGGCACACAAGAGAGCUGUAUCAGCACCCGACUUUGCUGCCAUCAGUGGAAUUGAACAGACGUAUCCGCCGCUGCCUCAGAAUCUUCAGCCCACCCCGCCACCCUCACAGCAAGGAGAUCGUCGCUCCAGUUACGCGAUGGAUGCUCUUUCAGCCUCCCCGACCGCUUCUGGUCUUACUUCCGUCGAGGAGGGUAUCAAGUGUAUGUACGUUGACAACUGCGAUACCGGUUCCCAACCUCGCAAAGCCAUCUCCCACAUCUUCGGCCGUAACAAGCUAUGCACCCGAAUGAUUCCCCAGCACGUGUGGGUACACUUCUGUCGCAAGCAUUACCAGCGAAGCCGUUACCGAAACGCCCAAGAGUAUGCGAAGCUCCAAUGCGAGCUUGUUCAGAAGCAGAUCCAGCGAGUGCAAGCAUGGAGUGACGAGAACAAACGUGCUGGUCAGUCUGGUGUUGUUCAGGACUGGUCUCUGUCUGUCAGAAAGCGAGAGCAGAAACGCCUCGAUGACCGAGUCUCCACAAAGGCCAGCAAGAAGCGCCCCUACCGCGAGGAGACCGAUGACGAAGACGCAGAUAGAGCAGUACUGAACGGCACCGCGGUCCCUGGCUGGCUCUUGAACAAAUGCAACAGCGGGUACACCACGGCGCAGAUUGAGGAGAUCGUUGCUCAGCUGAAGACGGAGAUGGACCAGGGAAAGCUCACCCAAAUCCCCGAUAUUGAGAUUCUCCCCAACAUCAGCACAGACUCCCCCGAUGACGGAAGGAACAAGGUCGUUCUGAAGCGAAAGACAAGCAGCGGUAGUGCACACAAGCGAUCUCAGUCUGUCGGCUUCACCAACGCCCACCGUCACGAGGCCAUCCCCAUGAUCCGACGCAUCAGCCAACCAGGCUUCAGUGGCGGCUGGCGACCCGAUGAUGCCAUGGGUGCUUCUCCGAUCGACAAGCGCCAACGCAUCGCGGAUUUCCCUUCGUACGGCAUGGUUGACCGCCCUGGGCACGUCGGCCUACACCAAGUUCCAGAACAGACCGUCCCAGCCAUGCGUCGCAUUCAACAUCUGCCACACCGUCCGGCUUUCAGCCAUAUCCGCGAGAACCAAAGCGAGGACUCUUACUUUGAUGAUGGCAGUGUCAGAGCUUCCCACUACAGCUUCGGCGGACCCCUCCCGGCCCCUACUCCUCAGAGACUUGGUCAACCCAUGGCACCCCAGUUGGACACAAGCACUCCACCUCAGGGUUACUUCGAUGCCAGACGUCCGACUCAUCAGAGAUCCCAAUCGGAGAUGGGUGGCUUUCACCACAACGCGAACUUCACCUUUCGGUCGCCGUCGUCAAUGAACUACCCUGCGACCUACCAAGGCUACUCGGCUGAGGCUGUGUCUUACGAGAGCUACUCUCGGCCUGAUCCUGCAUACGGAAACGGCCCGCCUGGCUACUAUGAUGACAUUCCUGGCAGUCGUCAGUAUGGCCAUCAGCAAGUUUGGUCCUCGCCGGCAGAGACCCAUCCUUCACCAUACUCACAGCCUCGUCAUGUCCGUCAUCAGAGCACUUCGGCCGUUCCCCAGGCCAUCCCGCGCAUCCACCACGGCGAUUACGGCAUGCAUCCCUCCCCGCACCAUGCAACAGGACCGUUUGAAGGUCAAUCUCAUCAUCGCCGCCAGUAUUCGUAUGCUCCUAACCGCAGCAUGGAGACAGAGUCUGCUUCACGCAUUCGGGAGACCGAUGAGGCGAAGGCGUUGUACGCUGAGCGCCGCUAA